AUGAGUGUUAAUAAUGUGUUUGCUACACUCAAUGGCAUUCCUAUGCUUAAUGGUGCAAAUUUUAAGGUUUGGAAAAAUAAAGUAACACUCGUUUUGGGAUGUAUGGAUCUAGACUAUGCGUUAAGGGAACUACAUCCUGCACCUCUGACAAAUCAAAGCUCCAUUCAUGACAAAAGAGUCUUUGAGAGGUGGGAGUGGGCUAACCAUAUAGGUCUAAUGAUCAUGCAGAAUACAAUCCCAGAGGCUUUUCUGGACACUAUGACUGAGAAAAAGGUUAUUAAGCAAUUUCUUGACACCCUAAAAGAACGCUUUGUAAGAAGUGAUAAGGCAGAGAAUAGUGUUACCCUAAGGAAACUAGUCUCUAUGAGGUAUAAGGAUGACCGGAAUAUACGAGAGUAUGCCCUUGAUAUGUGUCAUCUGGCAGGGAAAUUAAAGGGUUUGAAAAUUAAGCAACUAGAAGAAGAGCAAGAGUUAAGAGUAGUUCUAUGA